CAACAACUUAAUGGCACUCUCCUGGAAAGCUGAAAACACACGGAGCCUCUUCAGUCUGCUGAUGGGAGAGAGAGAAGAAGUUUGCUUUCCUCCUCCUCCUUCUCUUCCUUCUGCUUCUUUUUUAGUUUUUUUUCCUUUUUGGAAAGUGACAAGAUAUUGAAAUGUGCAGAAUGAAUGAUCAAGGUCUGUGAAGGAAGGAGAUCUGUGUUUAUUCAUGAAGGAUUUGAAGAGUGACUGACAUUUUCCACUGAGGGCUUAUGCAAGUACAAGGAGGAAAAAUGUAAGGAAUAUUUAAUUCUCUGUAGGUCUGACAUUGUUCUUAGUUACAGUGAACAAGGAAUACUUUCUUACUAUGAGUCAAGAAAUGCGAGUGAAGGAAGGAGACUGGAAAGUUAGUGACACAUACUCACACAUGUCAGAUAUCAUCAUGUUCAUCAUCCAUGUCUGUCGGCUGCCGACGCACUCUCACAGGUGCAGGGAUGAGUUGAGACGAGAGAGCGAGGACGCUUGAAGAUUUCCACACACAUUAGGAAACACGCACGUACAGCAUAAUGACAUCUGUGCAGGAGUGUCAGCUAGGAUAAACAAAUUCUGAACAUUCACACGUAAGUCAGGGUUUGUGUAAAACUGAUAACACCAGUGUGUCAUUAUACUGUUUAAGAAUGACCAUUUCAAGGCUAGAGGAUUUUUUUUAUUUGUUUGUGUUCUCAUACUCCUUAAAGAUCAUACAUUAAAGACUGACUGAAAAGAAACAAAGUUACUGAAUAACUGCUUCAACCAGGCCAUGAAAUUCUGAUUUGUAACAUUCCCGACUUCACAUGGACCUGAUAUUUUUAACAUGAACACAGCCUUGACUUCAAACUCCAAGGAGGAGAAACCUGCAACUGCCAUCGCGCCAGCUUUGAGUGGAUUCUAUAAUCAGAAGAGAUUUUUUCUUUCCUAAAUCACUGAAGACAUGGGACCUAAAACAACUCUGUUCUGUUUGGGAUAUUUUGGGCAACGGAAUACUUUUGUUUCUUUGUUUUCACAGAGCCAGAUGACGGACUGUUGGCACAGUGAGGUUAUUAACCAAGCGAGAUAUCAUUUUUAAGCGUUUGGCAUUGUCCUGUGAGAUCAAACAGCUGCUCUUCUGGUUGCGCUGAAUUCAGCAGAAUGCUAUUUUUGUUUCCCCGUUGUGGAGAUGAUUUUUUGAUCCUCUGACAGUCAAUCCGGGGACUUUUCUUCUUUUUUUUUAUUUGACAUGAUGGAGCAAAGAAGUGGUAAACCAUAUUGAAUUACAGGUUAAUUGCUCGAGUGAUGAACGGUGUUGUAUUUAUAAUAUUCAGAGCAACGGGAAUGGAAAACAAGUGAGCGAUGAACAGACUUUCCUCUUUUCUCCGCCACUCUGACCCACUUUCCAGGCAGCGGUCCUGAGCAUUUAUCAAGCUGACACCAUGAACCUGCAUGGUGGCAAUGUGUCAGAGUUGAUCUCUAACACUGUCACAGCCGUUAGCACUCUGGGGUCUAACCCCUGGCCUCCACGCGAGGAAGGUGGCCUCCAAAGCAGCAAUGCCACAAACCUGGGCUGCCAGAGGAACAACGUGGUUCAUAAUGGCAAUGACGCACAGCUGGGGAACUGGUCUCACCAUAACGUGGUGGGAGUCUACGGGUCUCAGUGUCCUCCCUUGGAGCAGCUGAUGCAGAAAAACUGGGCAGCCCUGCUGAUUUUAGUGGUCAUCGCUGUCACGGUCAUGGGCAACAUCCUGGUGAUCUUGGCCGUCUCCCUGGAGAAGAAGCUGCAGAACGCCACAAACUAUUUCUUGAUGUCACUGGCAGUAGCUGACAUGCUUCUCGGCAUCUUGGUCAUGCCGGUUUCCAUGGUGACCAUUCUCUAUGAUUACGGUUGGCCCCUGCCCUCUGAUCUUUGCCCCAUCUGGAUCUAUCUGGACGUCCUGUUCUCCACAGCAUCCAUCAUGCACCUUUGUGCCAUUUCUCUGGAUAGAUACAUUGCCAUACGCAACCCAAUCCACCACAGCCGCUUCAAUUCUCACACCAAGGCCCGCAUCAAGAUCAUGGCAGUGUGGACCAUUUCAGUGGGGAUCUCAAUGCCGAUUCCUGUGCUGGGUCUCAGAGACCACUCCAAGGUCUUCAAAGAUGGCAGCUGUCUGCUGACAGAUAACAAUUUCGUGCUGGUCGGCUCCUUCGUGGCCUUCUUUAUCCCCCUCACCAUCAUGGUCGUCACCUAUUUCCUGACCAUCAACGCCCUGCAGAACGAAGCCACCCUCUGCUUGGACCAGCUGGUCCCACGGCCCAAAUGGAGCACUACCUUCACCUUGAGCUUCUUUCCACAAACAUCUUUGUCCUCCGAGAAACUCCUCAGGCGAUCGAUAAGCCGUGACGCCACAGGCAGAGGGAGCACCGGCGGGCUGGGUGGUGCCCGCGGCAUAUCUGGCUCUCUCUUUGGGCGCCGCACCAUGCAGUCGAUCAGCAACGAGCAGAAGGCUUCAAAGGUCCUUGGGGUGGUGUUUUUCUUUGUGGUUAUGUGGUGCCCGUUUUUCAUCACCAAUGUGCUGGUGGUGGUGUGUGAACCUGACGUUUGUGACCCGGGAGUCAUGGGAGGUCUGCUGAAUGUUUUCGUCUGGGUAGGCUACUUGUCCUCUGCAGUCAACCCACUGGUCUACACGUUAUUCAAUAAGACGUACCGCGCCGCGUUUCUGCGAUACGUUCGCUGCCAGUACCAGCCAGAGAAGAAACCUCUUCAGCUUAUACUGGUGAACACCAUCCCCCCACUGGCUUACAGCUCCACCAGCUACCUUUGGGAGACAUCGGGAAGUUAG